AUGGGCACCGGUGCAGACGACGGGAAGGCGGGGCGGCAUCAGCCAAUGCCGCAAGUACAGAAGAAAGAAAUCGUACACCGCAAUCCAAACCAUGUUGCACGGGAUGUGUUUGAUUUGCGUGGGACCAGUAACCCACUAGCUAUGCAAUUGUACAGCGACGGCAUAUCAAGUGGACCACUACUUGGCAUUCCCAAUCGUCUUGUGCGUGAUCUUCAACCGCUUUCCACCAACGCACGUAAACGGUGUCACAGUGAUGCCGCCUUCUCCCACCACAGUGGCGAUGGCGCAGGCCAUGACGGACGGACGACGAAGCACGGCACACUGCAGCUAUACCGCCCCCCGGUAUGUGGUGAAGAAGAGCUGAAGGAGCAUUUCGCCGCCGUGGCGCUUGAGGGGAAAGAGGUGAGGGUACCGACGAAGCGGCACCGCUCUCGACCUGGGCGGCUUGAUCCACUAAAGGGUACUUUGCAAUCAUCAACCUCGGGUUCGCCAUCAUACGGCGAAAAUGAGGGUAAUGAAGGCAGAGAGGGGCAAAAAAAUAUAGGAGAUGCAAAUAAUUCCGCGCCAAAUGAGAACGUGGGGCCGAUUCCACGGUUUACGAAGUUGCGAUCAAACGCACCGAAUGAGUUCACAUAUCUUGUGAUGCGCCCUCGUGGGAUACGCAGUCCCUACAAUCCCUACGAUUUGCAGGUAGUGUCGCAUAGGGAUGUUGACCCGUCUCAUUAUUACACAGUUUCCGCAGCCGGUGUGACUAAAUUCUCUGGCCAUGAGGCUGAGUUUAUUGAGUUACACACAUGGGAACGGGAUUGCCGUGUUUUCAAUCAACUGAGGGAACUAGACGUUUUCCGUGAAUACAAGAAGUGGAAGAGUUUUCUGUUGUGGCGUGGCCUUGUGCGCAACCACGCUAUGUCGAACUGCAAAACUUUUCUCACGAAGAACCUUUUUCACGUCCAUCCUCAACUGUCUGCUGCCCUACAAACUGUGCAGCGUAUCUGUCUUAAUUUUGUCAACAGCAGCAGAAUCCACCCUCCCGCGACAGAGACGCGCACGUUGGAGGCUCUGUGCGCAACACUUGCAGCGCACCUCAACUUUCAGCGCAACCGACUUGACAAAAUGAUUAAAAACAUUCGCGACACCGUUGAGCGCGCCGCGAAGGCGGCGAUGUUGGCAGCACAAAUAGAGCGGGAGAGUAUUAGUGCCCUCCACGCAGAGGAUGAAAAGAAAAAGAAGAAACUCAUUGACGUGCGGGAAUUGGGAACACAACAGAAGCCUACUUACAUUGAAAUGUCACAGAAGAAGGCUGUCUGUCAGCGCAUCACUGCGUUUAUUCGUCUUUGUGAUUACAUAAUCGUGAACUGUCUAACAAAGCUUGCCGCAACAGCGGUUGAGGAUGUAGAUCGCGACUUUCAGUACCCGAGGCCAGACAAACAGCAAGAUUCGGUAACAUCACCUCUUAACAAGAAUUCCUGGAGGGGAAAGCGGCAGGAAGGACACAAGGCUGAGGCACCAAAGCCGACAGGACCAUUUACCGGCCCUAUUCUUAGCCUCAAUGUUGUUUACAGGGAGGACAGCCAAUCCAUUGAGAUUACACCGUCACUUGCCCACAUAACUGAAUGUGUGGAGGACGUGGUGGAAGAUUACAUAAAAACACUGAGUGCUGUACCCCGGCUCUUGACGAUGGAUGCGUUCAAGGUAUUCACUGAAAACGCCGCUCAUGACUCCCAAAAGGAGGUCCUCUCUGGCCCUGCCGUUGGUGAAAUGAUCGUCUCAGAGGAGGCAUAUAAACAGCACAUGACAUCCGUUCGUUAUGGAAUCACAAGGGCGUUCGGCGACGUGGAGGAAUAUGUGAAUAGCUUCCAGUGCUUCAGAGAUAUGUACGUGGAGAAUAGCAGUCUGGACGCUGAUAGCAUCCAGAAACGUACCCAGAACCUGGAGUUCUUCCGUGAGCGCCUGGCUCUCUACAAGUCGCAGAGCGACGCCAUAUCAACGAAGAUACCAAGCUCGAAGGACGUGGCACUGUUUACAGUCUACACCGAGGAGUUACGGGACUUCUUUACACCGAGCCCCGUCGUUUGCCUGGAGACAUUUCACCGUCUUCUUCCUGUCAUUGCGCACCAACAGAACGAAUUGCUGCUUGCGGAUCUGCAAAGUUGCAAUACCUAUCUGGCAGCCCAGCCAAAGACAGUGGAGCAUUACGUGGAAUAUCUUGCAUACAACAAGGCACUUGAAGCCCGUUUUGAUACUCUGGCAGCGUCUUACGACUUCGUCCGCGAGUUUUUCACUUUGCUGCAGGAUGAAAAGGUUGAAAUUGAGGAGGACCUUGAGGAGACAUACCGAAGCGGGACUCGUCCGCAGUUUGAGAAGUUGCGUACGCAGAUGCAAAUCGUAGAGGACGCAAAAGAUUCUCAACAGCGGUACUUCAUUCGGAAUGUGGAUGAGCAGCUUGAUGAGCUUCGACGGUCCAUUGAGGACGUGUAUAAUCGAGCUGGGCAGCCUGUUAUUGCCGAUGCAAACGCGGAUAUGGAUGAGGUGAUUCAUUUUAUUACCGAUUUGCAGGCUGAGGCCGAAAGAAUUGCCGCAAGGGAGAAAAAGCUUCGGCAAUACCAAAUUGCAAUUGGGGCCGAAGAGACAGUCGUAGAGACAAUGUCAGAUAUGUUGAAUGAUGUGAAUAUCAAGGCGCGGUUAUGGGUCGGGAUGCGAGAGUGGGAUGAGUUCGUGGAAUCGUACGGGCCAAUACCGUUCGAUCAGCUCAAUGUGCAGGAGGUGCAGGAAACUGUUCAAAAGUAUGUGAUGACUGUCAAGCAGGUGUCUACAAAGUUACCUGGAAAUAGUGCGGUAAACAAAUUAAAAUCAAAAGUGGAAGCAUGGCGCAUUCUUUUACCCAUUUUACAGGCCCUGACGAACCCAAAGAUGAAGUUGGAGCAUAUCACAAAAGUAUCCAAUGCCGUAGGACCGUUGAAGGACGAUAAUGGUGUCUCAAAGACCAUUGCUGAUUGGAACAAUCAGUUCACCCUUGGCAUGCUCCACUCGAAUGAAGUCGUUAAGUUCAAGGAUGAGAUCGUCGCGAUUAGCGCGGCUGCAACUGAGGAGGACAAACUGCAGCAACAGAUCGACAAGGUCAAUGCUCUCUGGAAUGGCGGGGGCCCGAAGCCACCUGUAGAAUUUCAGUUUCACAAUCAUAAAGAGCUUAAGGACGUCUACGUUCUUGUCGGUUCUUCGGUUGAGGAUGUGAUGGCUCUGCUGGAUGACUCAGUUAUUGCGAUGUCAAGUAUAGGCUCGAGUAGGUGCUGUCAGGGUGUUCUCCGCGCACAGGUGGACCGUUGGGAAAAUCGACUUCGGUACAUGCAGGAGACGUUGGACCGUUGGGUGGAGCUGCAGCGGCACUGGAUCUACCUAGAAAACAUUUUUUCCUCCGCAGAAAUUCGUUCGCAGUGGAAGGACGAUGCCAAACGUUUCGAAAAAGUUGACCGCUUUUACCGCGACCUAAUGCGGAAGGCGCAUGAUAUGCCCACCGCCUAUCGCGGGCUCCUCAUCAAUGCCCCAGUGGAGACCGGUGAGCAACAGAAUACGAAAACGCUCAAGUACGAUCUCGAAGGGAAUAUUAAGGAAUUAGAGAAAGUUUUGGCAAGUCUAGAGCGAAAGCUGGAAGAAAAACGCUGUGCAUUCCCUCGGUUCUACUUCCUAAGCAACGACGAUAUGCUCGACAUUUUUGCUAAGGUCAAGUCGCCUGAGUUGAUCAUGCCACAUAUGCUGAAGAUGUUUGACGGUAUUAAAACAUUAUCCUUCACGGAGACGAAUGAUAUCACUCAUCUUGUGUCGAUGGAGGGGGAGCGUGUUGAGUUAGUGAACAAGAGCAUCAAGGCGCGUGGGCCAGUGGAGGUGUGGAUCGAUAUGUUGGAGCGGGAGAUGUUCUCUACACUUCGCAAGCAUGCUAACACCUGUCUCACUGACUACGAGCAGCGUGGUGACCGCGAGUCAUGGAUGUUUCAGCAUGCAGUGCAGCUUGUUCUGAUCAUGGAACAAUUGCUGUGGACGCGUGGGGUGGAAGAGGCACUCACAAGUGAAAACCCUGCGGAGGCGAUGAGUCGUUUCAAGGAAGCAAACUACAAAGCUUUGGAGAGCCUUGCCGGUCUCACAGCGAGGAAAUUGUCGAAGGUGCAGCGUAUUCUUCUUUCCACACUUAUUACGAUUGAUGUUCAUGGACGCGACUUGGUGGACGAGAUGUAUGAAAGCAAUGUGCUAGACGUCAAAGAAUUUGGGUGGACGAAGCAACUCCGCGUGUAUUGGGAGCAAGAUACGGACGGGUAUGGUAAUUGCUUUAUAAGGCAGAACAACUCACGUUUUGUUUACGGGUACGAAUACCUGGGAGCUCAGGGGCGUCUAGUCAUUACCCCUCUUACGGAUCGCAUUUACAUGACUGUAACAGGUGCACUCAAGCUGCAGUUGGGAGCAGCUCCUGCGGGCCCCGCUGGCACAGGGAAAACAGAGACUGUGAAGGACUUAGCAAAGAAUUUGGCACGCCAGUGUAUCGUGUACAACUGCUCCGAUGGUGUAACGUACAAGAUGAUGGAAAAAUUCUUCUCAGGCCUCAUUCAGACGGGAGCAUGGACGUGCCUUGAUGAGUUUAAUCGAAUCAAUAUAGAGGUGCUAUCCGUGAUUGCCUCACAGCUAUUUGAAAUCAAGCUUGCGCUGCAGAAUGGACUGGAGACAUUCACGUUCCAGGGUACACCGAAUGUUCGUGUGCGCCCCACCUAUGGUGCUUUUGUUACCAUGAACCCCGGUUAUGCAGGACGUACUGAGCUUCCUGAUAACCUGAAGAUACUCUUCCGUCCAGUGGCCGUCAUGACACCUGACUUCCGCAUGAUCGCAGAAGUGAUCCUGUAUUCGGAAGGCUUCAAAAAUGCGAAGGAUCUUUCUCUUAAAAUUACGCAACUGUACAAGCUUAGUUCGGAGCAACUGUCUCCCCAAGACCACUACGAUUUCGGUAUGCGUGCGCUCAAGUCCAUUCUUGUAAUGGCCGGUGACCUGAAGAGGUCGCAGCCGGAUGUGGAGGAGGAUCUUACUUUGAUUGUUGCCUGUAAUGAUUCAAACGUCCCGAAGUUUGUCGCGGAAGAUCUCCCGCUGUUUCGUGGUAUUAUGCAAGAUCUUUUCCCUGGGGUCCACUUCCCCGAACGGCAGUAUGAGGAAUUGCUACCUGCCAUGCAGAAAAGUAUUGAUGGGAAUAAGUUGGUGGCACUCGAUACGUGGGUAACAAAAGGCAUUCAGUUCUAUGAAACGUUGAUUGUUCGCCAUGGUGUUAUGUUGGUUGGUGUCACGGGGACAGGGAAGACAGAGAUACGCACGUGUAUAUCAGAGGCACUUACGUCAAUGUCCGAGGCGGAAUCAAGCAACCCCAUGGCACGACCAGUGCAUCAGUUUAUCAUGAAUCCCAAAUCUGUGAUGAUGCAUGAGCUGUACGGUCUUUUAGACGUAAAUACUAACGAGUGGCGAGACGGCGUUCUGUCAGUGAUUGCGAAGAACUGUGUCCGUGAGUCUGAGGUUAACAAAGAUCACCGGUGGAUUGUUUUUGACGGACCUGUCGAUACACUUUGGGUGGAGUCAUUAAACUCCGUUUUGGAUGACUCCAAGCUUCUUUGUCUUGACAGUGGUGAGCGCAUUAAACUUCCUGAUACCAUUCAUAUGUUGUUCGAGGUUGCCGAUCUGGCAGUGGCGUCUCCCGCUACCGUGUCAAGGUGCGGUAUGGUUUACCUUGACACCACAGAUCUUCAUUGGAGUGCCGUGGUGCGUCACUGGUCCGAAUCCAAACUGGCUGAGGCUGGUGGGGAACCACAGUGCCGUGAGUUCAUAGUUUCCCUGUUCGAUGCCCAUGUGCAGAAAGGGCUUGAUUGGCUCGCAAUGCAGAAGGUUCUGAUUUCGGGUGGCAUGGUGAAUGUGGUGCAGUCAAUGUGCGAUCUCUUUACAGCCUUAAUUAAAUGCAAUAACGUUCAGCUUAUGCCCGACCCACGAUGUGAGGCAAAGCUCCAACAUGACUCCAAAGUUUUCAAAGAGCGCAACGAACUUUGUGGCAUCCUGUUUGCCUUCUCUUUUGUAUGGUCAAUUGGUGGGAACGUGGAUGUGGCUUCAAUGGACCUGUUUGACACAUUUGUUCGUAAUUUAUUGGAGUCAGUGGUUCGCUUCCCUAAUAGUGGUUCUGUAUACGAUUACACUAUUGACUACGGCACGCGACUCUUUGUGCCUUGGGAAAGUCGUAUGGUGGAGUUUAAGUACGACCCGAAGAUUCCCUUCUUUGAUAUACUCGUUCCCACUGUGGACACCAUGCGGUACAGCGCGAUCGCAAACACAUUGAUUCAAUAUGGCAAGCCGCUACUCUUCAACGGCCAGACAGGUGUCGGCAAAACCGUGAUCCUUAUGGAUCACCUCAGCCGCCAUAAGGAAGAGCUGAUGUUGUCAGUUAUCGUUUUCCAGUUCUCCGCCCAGACAUCGUCUGAACGAACGCAGGAACUGAUUGAGUCGAAGUUGAAACAGAAGCGCAAGAACAUCCUUGGUGCUCCUCCUGGACGGAAAGUAGUACUUUUCAUUGAUGACCUCAACAUGCCAGCACUCGAGACGUUUGGCGCCUCGCCACCCAUUGAACUGCUGCGACAGGUAAUGGGUAAUGGAGGUUUUUAUGACCGUAAGAUAGCCGGUUUCUGGAAACACGUGCAGGAUGUGACUGUUGUAGCCGCAUGUGGCCCUCCGGAGGGCGGUCGGAAUCCCAUCACGGCGCGGCUGACGCGUCUCUUCCAUCUACUGCAUAUACCUACCCUGAGCGAUGAGUCCAUGAAACGUGUCUUCCACUCAAUUUUGCAUGGGUGCUUCCAGGCGAGGAACUUCAGUAUGGAAGUACGGGAGAUGGCUAAACCACUUGUCGCGGCUAGUGUUGAUAUAUUCAAUAAGGUACGUGAUGCAAUGAGGCCCAAGCCAGCUACACCUCACUACACGUUCAACCUGCGUGAUCUGGCCAAGGUAUUUCAGGGUGUCACGCAGGUGACUCAACGUGUCUGCAAAACACGGUUGUCUAUCACACGGCUUUGGAUUCAUGAGAUGUUGCGCUGUUUUUUCGAUCGCUUGGCAACGAAGGAAGAUCGUCAAUGUUUUACGGAGGAGCUCAUGAUGGAGACGAUGACGCGUCUCGUCCCUGGAAAUCACGUGUAUGCUGAUUACUUCGAGAACAAGCCACUCGUCUGGGGUGAUUUUCUGCGCAUUGGUGCAUCAGAGAGAGUAUACGAGGAGUUACCGGAUGUUAGCAAACUUCCCAGUCUUUUUGAGGAGUAUCAGGAUGACUAUAACACGUUUUUGACUGGAAGUGGUAUUGGGGCUUCGUCUGGGGGUGGUGGUGAAGAGGACGAAGGCGGCUCGGGAGGAGGGGCGUCGUCGUUGAAUCUAGUUUUCUUCAAGGAUCACUGUGAGCAUUUAGUGCGCAUCAUCAGGAUCCUGCGGCAGCCCCGUGGUAACGCGCUGUUGGUGGGUGUUGGUGGCUCUGGCAAGCGGUCGCUAACACGACUUGCUGCGUAUAUUGCUGGACGGCAAACAGUUGAGAUUUCCGUUGGAAAGGGUUACUCUAUGAAUGAAUUUCAUGAGUUCCUUCUUGAGCUGUAUACUACCACCGGUGUGAAUUGCAAGCCUACGGUGUUUCUGCUCUCCGACAACCAAAUCGUACACGAGGGAAUGCUGGAGGACGUGAACAGUAUGCUAAACUCGGGCGAGGUUCCGUCACUUUUCACGGCUGAAGAGCGCGAGAAACGUGUCAAUGCAUGUCUGGAAGCUGCGCAACAGCGCGGUUUCGUAGAUCGGGACGACGUCUACAACUUUUUCAUUUCACGUGUCCGGGACAACACGCACAUCGUCCUUUGCAUGAGCCCCGUUGGAGACACAUUCCGUGCCCGUUGCCGCCAGUUCCCAUCUCUCACUAAUUGCUGCGCCAUAGAUUGGUUUGAUGAAUGGCCGCACGAGGCGCUUCUUGGUGUGGCACAACAACUGUUUGACGACGAAGAAGAUGGCAUCUCGAACGAACUUCUACCCGUAUUGGCCCCACUCUGUGUAGAUAUUCAUACGGCAGUGAUUGAGGUGGCGCACGAGUACUGGGAGGAAUUGCGACGGCGCUACUACAUUACUCCCACCUCAUAUUUGGAGUUCAUUGAUUUUUACAAGGAUCUGUACACCACACAACGCAAGUUAUUGGAGGAACAGCUUUCUCGUGUUAUCAACGGAAAGGAGAAGAUGAAGGAGACCGACGAGACAAUUGCCAAAAUGCGCGUCGAGAUUGAGACAAAAAGACCGCUGCUGGAGAAGGCGUCAAAGGAGACUGAAGAGGUCGUUGCUGAUCUAUCUGUGAGGCAGGCGCGGGCAAGUGAGGUGCAGGUUCAAGUGCGCGCCCAGCAGGACAGUGCUGCUGACCAGCAGAGGCAUGCCUCGAAAAUCGCUAACGAAGCUAAUGCUCGUCUUGCCGAGGCCAAGCCUAUCAUUGACAGGGCUAAGGCUGCGCUAGACACCAUUCAGGCCAGCGACUUAAAUGAGCUGCGCUCCUUUGCGAACCCACCUUCAGCAGUUCUGAAGACGGCACAGGCUUGCAUGGUGAUGUUUGAUCCGAAAGACUUCGGUGGUGCAUGGUCGGGAAACACCGACUGGAAAGGCGCACGCGAAUUUUUGUCGUACCGUCAGCUCCUCGAUAUGAUUCGCAGCUAUCCCACAGACAACGUGAAACCAGCUAUCUUGCAGAAAAUGCAGAAGUACGUAAACGAUGAGGAAUUCACAGCAGAGAUAUGCUCCCAGAAGGGUUCUCAGACUUGCGGAAAUCUUUGUUUGUGGGUGCAUGCUGUAAAUGAGUACUCCAAGGUUGUGAAGGAGGUGGCGCCCAUGCGUGAAGCCGCGGCGGAAGCGGAGAGGCAUCUUUCCGAAACGAACGCGAAACUUCUAUCUGCUCAGGAGACGCUUCGGGGCGUUGAACAAGAACUCGUGGAGCUGCAAAAGAACUACGAGAAGUCCCUCAAGCGGAAAAAUGAUCUGGAAGAAGGUUUGAAGGUGUGCAUCAGGCGACUUGAGAAUGCGGAGAGCCUGUCUAAUUCUCUGAAGAGUGAGGGCGCCCGGUGGGAAGAGAACAUUAAUCAACUGAAGAAGCGCUUGGAAGCCUUACCGUUACAGAUGUUUAUGGCGAGCGCAUGUGCCGCCUACUUUGGUGUUUUUACUCCACGUUUCCGUAAGCGUCUGGUUCGCAUUUGGGUGGAAAAACUGGCACAGCGCGGCUUCGAUGCUGCGGACUUUAGCUUGCCCAACACUUUGGGUGAUCCCAUGGAUAUUCUAACUUGGCAAAUUAAUGGUCUUCCCACAGACGAGAGCUCAACGGAGAAUGCUAUAAUUGCGUCUCUCUCAACGGCACCACGGCGCUGGCCGCUUUUCAUUGAUCCACAAGAACAGGGUGUGAAGUGGCUACUGCAGCAGUACGCCACACCGGGGACUGGAGGAGGGGGAGGAGGAACAAGUCCUAGCGGUGUGCUGGGUAGUGGUGGUGCAAAGGGUUUGGCAAAACCCGUGCCCUCUGUCAAGGUAAUCAAACUAACCGAACCAACCUGGAUGCGUACUUUAGAAACACAAAUUCGCCUUGGUGGCAUCGUUAUUUUGGAUGAUGUUGGAGAGACGCUUGACCCCGCAUUGGACCCACUGCUUUCGCGGCGUAUUUUCGCGUCAGAGGGUGGCGUCCCACAGAUUCGACUGACACCCAACACUGGCCCCAUUGACUACAAUCCAAAUUUCCGAUUCUUUAUUUGCACAAAGUUUCCGAACCCGCAUUACUUGCCAGAUAUCAGCACUCGCGUCGCGCUACUCAAUUUCACCGUUACCAUUGACGGCUUGGAGGACCAGUUGCUUGGAGAGGUGGUUGCUAUAGAGAAGCGUGAGUUGGAGGAGGAGAAGAAUCACAUCAUUCAAAGCAUUUCACUUGGGCAAAAGAAGCUGAAGAUUAUUGAAGAGACUAUCCUUGGGAAAUUGAAGUCUACUCAGGGUAAUAUUCUUGACGACAGUGAUCUUAUAGCAGAGCUUAAAUCUGCCCAGUCCAAUGCGAAGGUCCUCAGUGAAAAUCAGAAGGAGGCCAACGAAAAAAUGACAAUCAUCACAUCGACGCGUGACCGUUACCGCGACGUCGCUGCCCGUGCCUCAGUGCUGUUCUUCGUGCUGGCAGAUAUUUCCCGCAUUGAUCCUAUGUACCAAUAUUCGUUGCAGUUCUUUGUGAAACUUGUGCAAAAUGAGGUGCGUGUUACAGGGAAACCGGAUGACUUUUCGGAGGAGGACCCAGUGGUACUGCAAGCACACCUUGAAAAAAUUGUUUCGAGGUUAACUGUAGCCACGUACGAGCAGGUGUGCCGUGGUCUUUUCAACAAGGACAAGAUCAUUUUGUCGCUUCUCAUAUGUACUGCUAUUGAGCGGCACGGCAGGAGACUACCAGAUGACGAGUGGCAGUAUUUGGUUCGUGCGUCUGCCUUUGUACCCAAUGAACUGCCACCAUUACCCGAGGAAUUGUCAUAUCUCACCAGGCAACAAUGGGAACUUGCCAACGCUCUCUUCGUCCAUGUCCAUUGCUUCAGUGAACUUGGCAAAGACCUCCUUGAAAAUGGUGAGUUAUGGAAAAAUUUUAUUUUGUCCGAGUCACCGCAAGGGGCAGAACUCCCUGGAAAAUGGGGGCAGACGCUUAAUCCUUUCCGCCGCAUCUUGCUUAUCCGUUGCUUCCGUGAAGAGAAGCUUUUCUUCUCCGUGAUAGAUUACGUGAGCAAGGCAAUGGGCCAAAGAUUUGUAGAGCCUCCACCGUUCAACCUGGAGGUGGCACUUGCUGAUAGUUCCCCGACAGUACCGAUAGUGUUUAUCUUAUCUCAGGGAGCCGACCCCAUGGGUGCCCUUCAGGCGUUUGCACAAAGCCAGGAGCAGAAACUGCAGUAUGUUUCGUUAGGUCAGGGUCAAGGGGAGAACGCAAAGAGGCUAAUUGCGUCGUGCAAAAAGGAAGGUGAUUGGGCCCUUCUGCAAAACUGUCACUUGUCCAAAACGUUCAUGCCCGAGUUGGAGCAGCAGGUGGCUCUUCUACUCCAAUCAGGAGAUACACUCCACCCCAACUUCCGUCUGUGGUUGACUUCGAUGCCGACGGAUUUCUUCCCUGUGUUUGUGCUUCAAAACAGCGUUAAGCUGACAAAUGAACCCCCAACCGGCCUCAAAGCGAAUAUGGUUCGGUGCUUUGGUGAAAUUACGGAGGAGGAGUUCAACGUUUUCAGCGAAGGCCAAACAAUGGGUGAGUUCUCCAAAGAUUUUGCCUUCAAAAAGUUGUUGUAUGGUCUUUGUUUCUUCCACUCGGUUGUGUUGGAGCGCCGCAAGUUCGGUCCACUCGGGUGGAACGUGAAGUAUGAAUGGAACGACACCGAUUUCCAUGUGUCGAAGCAAUGGCUGCGGCUCUUCUUUGAAGAACAGGACGUUAUCCCGUGGGAGUCACUCGAGUAUAUUAUUGGGCAGAUCAAUUACGGGGGUCGUGUGACUGAUCCUCUUGACCGCGGUACGUUGCAGACCAUUCUUCGACGAUACAUUUGCCCUGGCAUCAUGCAGGCCGAUUUCAAGUUUAGCCCAAGCGGUCUGUAUUACGCUCCUGAUGCGGUUAGACUUGAGGGUUUCAUGGAUCACAUCCAAAAAAUGUCCUUGGUAGACGAGCCGGAGGUGUUCGGCAUGCACACGAAUGCGAACCUACGUUAUCAGCUGCAGGUCUCGCAGUAUUUACUGAACACCGUCACCUCCAUCCAACCGCGGUUGGUAGGUGGGGGUGGUGCACAUAAGGGUGAUGGCGAUGGGGGUAAUGCUUUAACACCUGAAGAGGAAGUGAAGCGGAAAUGUGAAGAAUUUGAGGCCACAUUACCGGAAAUUCUCACACGUGAGGAGGCUGGCCCACGGAGCUUUACGACACUAGAAAGUGGACUGCCUAACUCCAUGUCCACUGUUCUGACGCACGAGCUAGUGAAGUACAACAAGUUAAUUCAAACGAUGCGGAAGUCGCUGCACGAUCUUCAGAAGGCACUGCAGGGUCUAACCGUUCUUUCAACGGAUCUGGACGCUAUGCAUGAAUCGUUCCUCACGGACCGAGUUCCACAACUGUGGAGCGCUGUGGGUUACGUCUCCCUGAAACCUUUAGGUGCUUGGUACCGUGACUUUUUAGCGCGCGUCGAUUUUAUCCGUACGUGGUUGCGGAAGGGUGAACCCAAUAGCUUCUGGAUUGGUGGCCUCUUUAACCCAAGUGCGUUCAUGACCGGUGUCUUUCAAGCCUUUUCUCGCGCCGAAGGGGUAUCAGUCGACAAGUUGGGAUUUCGGUUCGAAGUUAUUAGCAGGGAACCCUCUGAAAUUGAUGAGGGACCUCUACGUGGUUGCUAUGUUCACGGCAUUCACACCGACUCCUGGAGGUGGGAUGCGGCAAGCGGCGUCAUGACGGACUCAUUGCCUGGGGAGCCGUACGCAACACUGCCAGUUGUUCACUUCUUGCCGGAACCUCACCACCGCACGGGGGAGGGAUGGCAGCGUAUACCACUUUAUCGAACGGUGAUUCGCGCGGGUGUCAUAUCGUCUCUCGGUGCAAGCUCAAACUAUGUCCUUUCAAUUGAAGUGCCUACUGACAAGGAAACGGACUACUGGCAACUUAUGGGGGCAGCUUGUGUGUGCGCUCUCGCUGUUUAG